GGCUGCAAUCUACAAACUGCGAAAUAAAAGAUUUGUACAUAGUACAUUAUCAGACUUUCCUGUCAUUUGUCUAAAAUAAUUGAAAGACUUGAAAAGGUUGGAUUUCUAAUCAAAUUGAACGACUAACGCAAAAAGGCAGUUUACUUUCUCUUAGUUAGAAAGAAUAUUUUCAACUGUCAUUGAAAUUACUAACUUUUCAUCAACUAUUCCAGUAAAUAUGUGCGUUUACCAGUGUCUUUUAUUUUGAAGUUUAUUGAAAGUGGUUUUGAAUAUUAAUAAGUAGAUAGCGUAGAAAAAAAGUUAUACGUGCGUUUAAUAUUACCUUACAAAUAAUAUACAAACACUUGAUGAGAUGAAAGAGGUAAUGGAGAAUGAAGGUGUCGAAAAAGGGGUCAUAACCAGGAUCUAUGUCAAAAACUUCGUCACUUAUGAUGAAGUAACAGUUAGACCUGGCAGAAAUCUUAACUUGAUUAUUGGUCCUAAUGGCACAGGGAAGUCCACAAUUGUCAGUGCUAUAGUUCUGGGACUGGGAGGAAGUACAAAAGUCAUUGGACGAGCCGAGCAAAUUGGUCAUUUUGUGAAGUCGGGCCAUACCAAUGCCAUCAUAGAAAUCGAUUUGCAGAAUGAUCGCAACAAAUAUGUCACAGUUAAGCGUUGCUUCGACACAAAAAACCAAUCAACAUGGAGUGUGAACAACAAAACGGUCAAUGCCAAACAGAUUUGUGACCUCAUGGAUUCUUUUAACAUUCAGAUUAAUAACCUCUGCCAGUUUUUACCUCAAGAUAAAGUACAAGAAUUUUCAAAAAUGACAGCCCCUCAACUGUUAAAAGAAACACAAAGGUCAGUAGGUGAUCCAAAGUUGUUAAAGUAUCAUGAUAAACUGAUACAACUACGAGAAAAACAAGCAGAGCUGGAAAAAGAAUUAGAAGGGAAAACCAAGCUCCUUGCCAAAGAUAAGCUAACUUAUGAUUCGUUAAAAGAUUCUGUGGGCCACAUUAACGAACAAAAACAAAUUAAAAAGAAGCUUGUAUCUUUGAAGCAGAAAAAAGCUUGGAUACAGUAUCAGAAUAGAAGAGAAGAAUUUGCAGAGGCAAAAAAAGGACGUGAUGCGGCUUUAGCAAAAAAGAAGAAAGCUGAGAAAAACGUAGAACCUGUUAAUCAAGAACUUGAAAAGAUAAAAGCAACCAUCCAAACACUUGAAAAAACUGCUAAGCAACAUCUUUCUGAGACCAAUGCAAAAAAAAGUAGAUUAUCUAAACUAUCAGAUGAUGUUGAAAACUAUGAAAGGUCUAUAAAUGAGGUUGAAUCACAAUGUGAAGAAGAAAUUAGAACAGAGCAAGAACGUGACGAGCGUAUCAAUCAAUUGAGAGAAGAUAAAAAUAAAAUGGAAAACGAUGUAUCUCAACUUCUUAACGAUAUCGGACAAUUGGAUGACAUAGUUCAAAACCUGAGUACCAUCAACGUGGAAAUCAGUGAUCAUAGAAAAACUCUUAGCGAUAAAAAAAAUUAUGAAACCUAUUACAAGGAUCAAAUAAACCACAUUGAGAGAAAAAUAAGAGCUGAUGAACAAAAUCUACAAGAAGUGUACGAUAUUGAAAACAAGAGGCUGGAUACACUGCGACAACUAAGCAGAGAUGCGUACCAAGGUGUUUUGUGGCUAAGAGAAAACAAGCAUCUUUUUUCUCAAAAAAUUCAUGAACCUAUGUUACUAAACAUCAACUUGAAAGAUCCUAGCUAUUCCAAAUUUUUUGAAAAUCUGAUAAGCCAACGAGAUUUAACUGCUUUUGUUUGUGAAGAUAAAAAUGAUAUGAAUAUGCUUCUAAAGUAUCUUCGUACACAGCAGAAAUUAAAAAUUAAUGCUGUUCACUCAGAUCCCAACAAAGAAGUUAAUGACGCACCUAGGGUACCUUUAGAAAAUAUUAAACAAUUUGGAUUUCAUCACUAUCUUGUAUCUCUCAUUGAAGCACCACAGACUGUCAUGAACUACUUGAUAACUAUGUACAAAUUGAACGAAAUCCCAAUUGGUAGUGACCAGGUUGCAUCGCAAUUAGACCGCAUUCCUGACUCUAUUAUCCGAUUUUUCAGCAACAGCAACUUCUACAGUAUUAGUCGUUCAAAGUAUACUGGAGAAAAAAGUACUAGGCAAGCAGGUCUUUCAUCCAGAAAUAUUUUAGCCAUUACUAUUGAUCAUAGCAAAAUACAACGCAUUCAAGAGGAAAUAAACUCAUCUAAAGAGAAAGUCAGUGCACUAGCUGUUGAACUAAAAAAAUGUCAAGAGGAAGUUGUUGCUGUAAAUAGAAAAAUUGAAAGUCUUAAAGGCAACCGUAAUAAGUUGCAAACUAACAAGUCAAAAAUCGAUAAUAUUUACGUCAGAAUGAAACUUAUAGAUGAAUCAAUUAAUAAAGAACAGAAGAAUAGGAAAAAGAUAGAUGACAUUCGUUUGGAAUUUAAAAAGAAAAUUCAAAAUAUUAUCAAACAACAACUCAACUGCUACAAGUCGUACACUAAUAUGCAAGAUGAGUGUAACAAAAGUUCAAUCAUAGAUGAGGAAAUAAAGCUUCAAAUCAAGCUAAAGAAGAAUGAGCAUGCCAUUGCAGAAAAUAAUGCUCACGAUUUACGAGCAGAAUUGAACGAGGCGGAGAGAAACUAUAGAGCCCUCGAUAACGAGUUGACUCCAUUAAAAACGGAAACAAAGAAUUUGUACGACACGGCUAAAGAAUUGACGGAAGGUCUGUGUUAUGAUGAUCCUGAAUUUUCUCGUUACAAAGCUAUUUUUGCAAAGUUACCAGCUUCCAUCGAAGAAAUCAUUUCGGAAAUCCAACGGACUCAGGCAAAGAUUUUUAGUCUCAAAACAGAUCAAUCAGAAACUGCUAGAAUUUUACGUCAAUUCAAUGAUGUAAAGAAAAAUAUAGAUACCUUAGAAGGAGUCAUAAAAGAAAAAGAUGCUGAAUUAACAAAAGUUACUGAAGAGAUUAGCAGGACAAAAAAUGAAUGGUAUCCGUCACUUUCAGCUCUUGUCGACAAAAUCAACAAUAACUUUAGUAACUACUUUUCCAAAAUGAAGUGUGCUGGAGAAGUUUCGUUAUGUCAUGGUGAUAAUCCCAUGAAUUUUAAAGAGUAUGGGCUACAGAUCAGAGUCAAGUUUCGAGAUGCAGACGAGUUGCAAGUACUCACUCGUAAUCAUCAGAGCGGAGGUGAACGAGCUGUUACUACUGCUGUUUACAUGAUAUCUUUGCAAGAAUUAACACGUGUGCCUUUUCGUUGUGUUGAUGAGAUUAAUCAGGGCAUGGAUGCCACAAAUGAAAGAAGAGUUUUUGAACUCAUAGUAAAUAUAACGAGUAAAUCAAACAGUUCUCAAUAUUUUUUGUUGACUCCCAAGCUGUUACCGAAUUUGAAGUACAACGAAACUAUCACAGUUUUAACUGUGCUUAACGGAAAACAUAUGAUACCUUGUUCGAAGUUUGAUAUUAAUAAUGAUUGCGAAAAAAUCGUCAAUACAAUAAUCAAUCGAAGAAAUGGCGUUUGAAUAAAAUUUACUAUCGUUUUUUUGCGUUAAUGUUUACCAAUAAGCUAUUUAUUAAACUUUAAAUGUCAAAGUGUUUCGUUAAAGAUUUCAAAGUAAUAUCAAAUUACUAAAACUUCGUUCCUCUUAAGUAUUUUUGUAUUUUUCAAUCACAGCUUUA